CUGAUGGGUGGCGUCACCUCGCUGUCCCCUUUCCCCCUCCAUGGGACAGCGGGAUGGGGUGGGGGACACCAGCAGCGGGGGGGGACACAGGCCCUGGUGGGUGGCAUUCCCUCCGCUCCGGCAGCAGCUAAAAAUACCCCCCUGCUCCGGUGGCGGAUUAGGGCACUCGGCCGGGCGCUCGGCGGGGACACAGCCCGGCACCCACCCAAACGCCUCCCCGGCACCCACCCGAACCCGUCCCCGUCCCCGGCACUCAAGGCUGUGGCACCGGGAGUCACCGGCACAGCCCCGGGUUUCCUGCAUCAAUCAUCAACCCGGGGGGGGGCGGGAGGGAGCGGCAGCCAUCGCUCGGCCCUGCCGCCCCGCUGCCGUAAGAGUCCCCGACCGGGGCACCCCCCCCCCCCCCCUCCCCGCCACCAACCGUCGCCAACCCCGUCACCACCUCCCAUCGCCAACCCCGCCAUCAUCAUCAUCAUCAUCAUCAUCGCCGCCAACUCAACCCCACCAUCGCCAAACCCCGUCACCGCCGCCCCAGGAGCCGCCAUGUCCUCGGCCCUCCCGGCCAAGUACCCCUUCAAGAAGCGGGGCAGCCUGCAGGCCCCCAGCCCCGCAGAGUUGCGGGCUGGGCCGGGGUCCCGGCCCCUGCAGUCGGCGCGUUCCCUGCCCGGGACCCCCCAUUGCCUGAAGCAUUUCCCUGUUGACCUGCGCACCUCCAUGGACGGCAAAUACAAGGAGAUCGCGGAGGAGCUGUUCUGCCGUUCGCUGGCCGAGAGCGAGAUGCGGACGGCGCCCUACGAGUUCCCGGAGGAGAGCCCCAUCGAGCAGCUGGAGGAGCGGCGGCAGCGCCUCGAACGCCAGAUCAGCCAGGAUGUCAAACUUGAGCCCGACAUUUUGCUCAGAGCCAAACAGGACUUCUUGAAAAUUGACAGUGCCGCGGACUUACAGCUCUUCAAGGAGCAGAGCGAGGACCUGGUGGACCACGUCCCCAAGGAGCGGGAGGCACUGCUGGAGCGGGAGUUCCAGCGCGUCACCAUCUCCGGGGAGGAGAAGUGCGGGGUGCCCUUCACGGACCUUCUGGAUGCGGCCAAGAGCGUGGUGAAGGCGUUGUUCCUACGGGAGAAGUACAUGGGGUUGUCCCUGCAGAGCUUCUGCAAAACCACCGCCCGGUACCUGCAGGAGCUCUCCGAGAAACCUCUGGAGACCCGCGGCUAUGAGGAGGUGCCCGAGACCCCCGUGGCAGCCGAUGCCCCCGUGCACCCCCCGUUUGCGGAGCAGCACCCCUACGAGACGUGGGACCCCCAGACCAUGCCGGCUGAUCUGGGCUUCGGGCUGAAGAUGGUGGAUGGCGUGGUGCACGUCUACACCAAGCAGGACCUCACCGACAAGAGCACGGAGCUGGACCUGCCGUACCCCGACCUGCAGGAAUUCAUCGCCGACAUGAAUUUCCUCAUGGCUUUGAUCAUCAACGGGCCCAUCAAAUCCUUCUGCUACCGCCGGCUGCAGUACCUGAGCUCCAAGUUCCAGAUGCACGUGCUGCUCAACGAGAUGAAGGAGCUGGCGGCCCAGAAGAAGGUGCCUCACCGCGACUUCUACAAUAUCCGCAAGGUGGACACCCACAUCCACGCCUCAUCCUGCAUGAACCAGAAGCAUCUCCUGCGUUUCAUCAAGCGGGCCAUGAAGAAGCACCUGGAUGAAAUUGUCCACGUGGAGAAGGGCAAGGAGCAGACGCUCAAGGAGGUCUUCGAGACGAUGAACCUCACCGCCUAUGACCUGAGCGUGGACACGCUGGAUGUCCAUGCGGACCGCAACACCUUCCACCGCUUUGACAAGUUCAACGCCAAGUACAACCCUAUCGGUGAGUCCAUCCUGCGAGAGAUCUUCAUCAAGACGGACAACCGCGUCUCGGGGAAGUACUUUGCCCACAUCAUCAAGGAGGUGAUGUCCGACCUGGAGGAGAGCAAGUACCAAAACGCCGAGCUGCGGCUCUCCAUCUACGGCCGCUCCCGGGACGAGUGGGACAAGCUGGCCCGUUGGGCCGUCAACCACCGCGUCCACUCCAACAACGUCCGCUGGCUCGUGCAGGUGCCCCGGCUCUUUGAUGUCUAUCGGACGAAGAAGCAGUUGGCCAACUUCCAGGAGAUGCUGGAGAACAUCUUCCUGCCCCUCUACGAGGCCACCGUCCACCCUGCCCAACACCCGGAGCUGCACCUCUUCCUGGAGCAUGUGGAUGGUUUUGACAGUGUGGAUGAUGAAUCCAAACCAGAGCAUCACAUCUUCAACCUGGACAGCCCCUUGCCAGGCAACUGGGUGGAGGAGGACAACCCACCCUACUCCUACUACCUGUACUACAUGUAUGCCAACAUGACAGUGCUCAACCACCUCCGACGGAAGAGAGGCUUCCACACCUUCGUCCUGCGCCCGCACUGUGGUGAGGCUGGCCCCAUCCAUCACCUCGUCUCGGGCUUCAUGGUCUCGGAGAACAUCUCCCAUGGCUUGCUGCUCCGCAAGGCCCCCGUCCUGCAGUACCUCUACUACCUGGCGCAGAUCGGCAUCGCCAUGUCCCCGCUGAGCAACAACAGCCUCUUCCUCAGCUACCACCGCAACCCCCUGCCCGAGUACCUCUCACGGGGGCUCAUGGUCUCCCUCUCCACUGACGACCCCCUCCAGUUCCACUUCACCAAGGAGCCGCUGAUGGAGGAGUACAGCAUCGCCACCCAGGUCUGGAAGCUCAGCUCCUGCGACAUGUGUGAGCUGGCCCGCAACAGCGUCCUGAUGAGCGGCUUCUCCCACAAGGUGAAGAGCUACUGGCUGGGUCCCCACUACCUGAAAGAGGGUCCGGAGGGCAACGACAUCCGUCGUACCAAUGUCCCCGACAUCCGCGUGAGCUACCGCUUCGAGACGCUCUGCCAGGAGCUGACCCUCAUCACGCAGGCGGUGCAGACCGAGGAGCUGGAGACCAUCCAGGAGGAGGACGCUCUCACCAUCACCUCCACCCUGGGCACCCACUGACUCCCCACCCCGGGCUCUUGUCCCACGGCUCCCGCGGGGACCCCUCUUGUCACCCUGCAUCCCUCCAGGGCUUCGCCACCGUCCCCC